AUAACUCCGGGCUGCACGUGUGACUGCCGCUUGUUUUUCUGUUUUCCAAAUGAAAUUCCUCUAAAAACCAUAAAUAAAAAUGGGUGCGAAGAACAAAAAGGCCAACUCGGAUGCGGUGUAUGCAAAAAAGACGGUCAAGUCCACCAAUCCCUUCGACAAUGCCACAGCGCAGUCGGCGAAGCGGCAGAACCCUUUCGAUGUGCACGUGAACAAGGAGAAAUUCAAGAUCUUGGGACGCAUUUGCAAGCAUGACAGGGGUAUGCCCGGCGUGGCACGCUCCAAGGCGCUGCAGAAGCGCACACAGACACUGGGCCAACAGUUUGCAGUGAAGCACAAAACGAACAAAUUCAAGGAUAACCGAAUUGGCAGGCACCUGAGCGGUGACCAGCUGACGGAGUCCGUGAUGAAUGCUCGCUACCUGGCCGAGAAGAUGUCACAAGUGCGCACGACCCAGAAGGCGCAAAAGUUCAAUCUCAACGAUGACGAGCUGCUGACGCACAGGGGACAGACGCUGGAGGAGAUUGAGCAAUAUCGCGACGAGCGUUCCGACGAUGAGGAGCUGGACGAUGAGGCUCUGGAUGCUGACUUUACGUCUGCUGCACAUUUCGGUGGCGAUGAGAAUGAGACGAGCCCCCAGGAUCGUCAGGCGGCCAUCGAUGAGAUGAUUGCGGAGCAAAAGCGUCGCAAAAACGAGAUUGACAAGGAGAAGAAUGAGGUGUACGAUCUCACGGAGAAGCUGGAUGCCAACUACAAGCUGCUGCUGCCGCUGGUGGCCAAGGCCACGAAGGAUGAGCAGGAGGCAAAGCCACCGGCAGAUGCCUACGACAAGCUGCUCAAGGAAAUGAUCUUCGAGCCGCGAGGCAGCGUUACGGAUAAGCUGAUCAAUCCCGUGGAGCUGGCCAAGCAGGAGGCGGAGCGUUUGGAGCGACUGGAGAACGAGCGUUUGCGUCGCAUGCGAGCGGAGGGUGAGGACGAUGAGGCGGAGAAUGCAAAGCCCAAGCAUCGCUCAGCGGAUGACUUGGACGAUGGCUACUUUGUGGCCGGCGGGGAGGAGGAUGACGACACAUUGGCGUACGAUUUGGGGAAUUUGGGCACGCAUCUGGCAAGCAAGGCGGAAGCAAAGGAAGACAGCGGGGACGAGGCGGAGGAGGAGGAUGGUGAGGAAGAGGAUGAGUCCGAGGACGACAGCGAAGAGUCUGAGGCGGAGAACUACAGCGAUCUAAAUGAGUCUGAGGCGGAGUCCGAGACGGAGCAGCCCAGCAGAAAGAAACCCAAAAAGGAGCGGCCCCAAGCGACGACGACGCUGGAUGCCAGCAUACCCUUCACCAUUAAGAUGCCCAAAACCUACGAGGACUUCACGGAGCUGCUCUCCAGUCAUGCCGCUGUCCAACAGGCCACCAUUGUGGAGCGCAUCAUCAAGUGCAAUGACCCCAAGCUGGAUGGCGUGAACCGGGAGCAUGUGGUGAAGCUCUACUGCUUUCUGCUGCAGUACGUCAAGGAUCUGUUUGAGGAUGCCAGCGAGCAGGACAUACGCGGGAACUUCCAGCUGCUCUCCCACCUCAUGCCACACCUGCAGAGCCUCACGCAGCUGAAUCCCGAGCGCAUGUCCAGCGCCCUGCUGGACGUGCUCAAGGAGAAGUUCGGGGAGUACCAGAAGAACCCCAAGACCUACCCCACGCUGGACACGCUCAUCUACUUCAAGCUCGUCUCGAAUGUGUACUCCACGUCGGACUUUCGGCAUCCCGUGGCCACGCCCACGUACGUCUUCAUGGAGCACAUUCUGUCCAGGGCGCGGGUGCGCACGCGGCAGGACAUUGCCAUGGGCCUGUUCGUCGUGGCCAUUGCCCUGGAAUUUGGCUCCCAAUCGAAGCGUUUUCUGCCCUCCGUUUUCAACUUCCUCGAGGGCAUCCUCUACAUCUCCAUAGCCAAGCGGGACGCGGACAAGCUGGAGGUAGCGCCGCCCUUCGAGCUGGAUGGACCCUUCAGCAAGCUGCUGGCCAUAGCCGCCACGCCGGAGAGCAAGUCGCUGGAGCAGCAGAAGCUGCAGGCCGCCGAUCUGGUCAAUCACACACUCACGCUGGACUUCAGGGUGCGCGCUCUGGACACGACGCUGUGCCUGAUCCGCGAGGCGCUGCAGCUGGUGGGGGAGCACACGGGCGCCUGCUACCUGGCCAGCCCAUUCCUUCCCCUGCUCGCCCGCCUGCGCCUCAAGCCAUACCCCGAGCAUGUGCAGCAGCAUCACAGGGAGGCCACGCAGCUCGUGCAGCAGCUGGCGGAGCAGCAAAUGAAGCCCGUGGCGCUGGCAGAGCGCAAGCCCAAGGCGCUGCGGUUGCUGGAACCCCGCUUCGAGACGGUCUACGAUGACAAGCGGCGCCCCAAGAUGUCCAAGGAGAAGGAGGAGCGCGCCAAGCUGCUGCACAAGAUCAAGCGGGAGAAGAAGGGCGCCAUCAGGGAGAUACGCCGCGACACGGCGUUCGUGCAGGAGCUCAAGCUCAAGCAGCAGCUGCAAAGCGACAAGGAGCGGCACGAGAAGGUCAAGCGCAUCUACCAGGAGGCCUCCAUGCAGCAGGGCGAGCUCAACGAGCUGGCACGCUCGAAGAAGCGCAAAAAGUAGCGGAGCGACCUUCAAUUGUUGUACAGAAUCAAUGCGAAAUUUUAUAUUAGCCUAUAAAUAAUAUAUAAACAAAAUGAAAUCAAAUC